UUGCUUUAAGCUGCAGCCGGAGAGAGACCUAAGCUAGCCUGUGCUGUAGCCAGUGUGGCGACCAGGCAGGGCAGGAGGAAGCGUUGCGGAACCCGUCGAUCCUGCCUCUCUCUCUUUUAAUGACCUAGUGACCUGACAUUUUAUCGGAUUGUUAUUUUUGCGGUGGCUUUGGCGCGGGGUUUUUUUCUUCCCCUCCAACGCUCGUGCCCCUCUCCUGGCACUCCCUUCGGCUGGCCCUGCCCGCUGCUUGCACCAGCAGAUCCACACAGACACACAACUCAGAAACCGAAGCAGUUGUCAAGGGGGUGGGAGACAAGUAAACCCUGAGCCGCAUCCACUGCAAGGCAGGCCCGCCUCUCCUGCAAACACGCACAGCGCCUCAGAGAGGAAGGGGAGCCGCUAGCAGAGGAGGUGAAGCCGAUCAGAAAUAAGGAAGAAGUGGAAGGGGCUGUAGCUGCAAGGCAUCAUGUGGAUCUGUUGGUGAAAGGGGUGGGGAAACAACACCCCCCUCUUUUUCCCACCCCAACCCUCUCGGCAUCUAGAGGGGCAGAGAGGGGGCUCGGUCGGCCGCUGAGGCCGGAGACUCAAAAAUUAAUAAUCUCUUAAGGUAUUUAAAAAACAAGGGGUGGGGGAGGAGAAGAGAGAAGAUUGCCUGGCAAGAUGGCCGACUUGGAAGCGGUGCUAGCGGAUGUGAGCUACUUGAUGGCCAUGGAGAAAAGCAAAUCUACCCCUGCAGCCCGGGCCAGCAAGAAGAUCCUGUUACCUGAGCCCAGCAUCCGCAGCGUCAUGCAGAAAUACCUGGAGGACCGGGGCGAAGUGACCUUUGACAAGAUCUUUUUUCAGAAGAUCGGGUACCUGCUGUUCCGGGAUUUCUGCCUGAAUCAGGUGGAGGAGGCCAAGCCACUCGUGGAGUUCUAUGAAGAGAUUAAGAAAUAUGAGAAGCUGGACUCAGAGGAGGAUCGAGCCGCCAAGAGCCGCCAGAUUUUUGACCAGUACAUCAUGAAGGAGCUGCUGUCCUGCUCCCAUCCCUUCUCCAAGAGUGCCACAGAGCAUGUGCAGAGCCGGCUCAGCAAGAAGCAGGUGCCACCAGACCUAUUCCAGCCGUACAUUGAGGAGAUCUGCCAGAACCUGCAUGGGGCCAUCUUCCAGAAAUUCAUCGAGAGUGACAAAUUCACCCGCUUCUGCCAGUGGAAGAACGUGGAGCUGAACAUCCAUCUGACCAUGAAUGACUUCAGCGUGCACCGGAUCAUCGGCCGUGGUGGCUUCGGAGAGGUGUACGGUUGCCGGAAAGCGGAUACAGGCAAAAUGUAUGCCAUGAAAUGUCUGGACAAGAAGCGCAUUAAGAUGAAGCAGGGGGAGACGCUGGCCCUAAAUGAGCGCAUCAUGCUGUCUCUCGUCAGCACCGGGGACUGCCCCUUCAUUGUGUGUAUGUCCUACGCCUUCCAUACCCCUGACAAACUCAGCUUCAUUCUGGACCUGAUGAAUGGGGGCGAUUUGCAUUACCACCUGUCUCAGCACGGGGUCUUUUCUGAGGCCGAGAUGCGCUUCUACGCUGCCGAGAUCAUCCUGGGCCUGGAGCACAUGCACAACCGCUUUGUGGUGUACCGGGACCUCAAGCCAGCAAACAUCCUGCUGGACGAGUUCGGUCACGUCAGGAUCUCAGACCUGGGACUGGCCUGUGAUUUCUCCAAGAAGAAGCCUCAUGCCAGUGUUGGCACACAUGGGUACAUGGCACCUGAGGUGCUGCAGAAGGGUGUGGCGUAUGACAGCAGUGCUGACUGGUUCUCCCUGGGCUGCAUGCUCUUCAAGCUGCUGAGGGGGCACAGCCCCUUCCGGCAGCACAAGACCAAGGACAAGCAUGAGAUCGACCGCAUGACCCUGACCAUGCCUGUAGAGUUGCCUGACUCCUUCUCACCUGAGCUGCGCUCCCUGCUGGAAGGACUGCUUCAAAGAGACGUCAACCGGAGGCUGGGCUGCAUGGGGCAUGGGGCACAAGAGGUGAAGGAAGAUCCCUUCUUCCAGAGCCUGGACUGGCAGAUGGUUUUCCUACAGAAGUACCCACCACCCCUGAUCCCGCCACGUGGGGAGGUGAACGCGGCCGACGCCUUCGACAUCGGAUCUUUCGAUGAAGAGGACACAAAAGGCAUUAAGCUGUUGGACAGCGACCAAGAGCUGUACCGCAACUUUCCGCUCACCAUUUCGGAGCGCUGGCAGCAGGAGGUGACUGAGACUGUCUUCGACGCUGUCAAUGCGGAGACCGACAAGCUGGAGACCCGCAAGAAGGCCAAGAACAAGCAGCUGGGCCACGAGGAGGACUAUGCCCUGGGCAAGGACUGCAUCAUGCACGGCUACAUGUCCAAGAUGGGCAACCCCUUCCUGACACCAUGGCAGCGGCGAUACUUCUACCUAUUCCCCAACCGGCUGGAGUGGCGAGGGGAGGGCGAGUCCCCGCAAUCCCUGCUCACCAUGGAGGAGAUCCAGUCUGUGGAGGACACUCAGAUUAAGGAGCGCAAAUGCAUCCUUCUCAAGACCCGGGAGCACAGGCAGCUCAUCCUGCAGUGUGAUAGUGACCCUGAGCUGGUGCAGUGGAAGAAGGAGCUGCGCGAUGCCUACCAUGAAGCCCAGCAGCUGCUGCAGCGGGUGCCCAAGAUGAAGAACAAGCCACGCUCACCCAUAGUGGAGCUCAGCAAGGUGCCACUGCUGCAGCGCUCCAGUGCCAAUGGCCUCUGACCCCCGCGCCCCCCCUUCUCCCCUGGCUUUAAUUUAUUGGGUUGGGUUUUACUCGCACCCCCAGCGGAUCCGUAACUGUUAAUUUGCUGAUCCUUGUGACUCCCGCCCUGCCCCCUGCUGGAGGGGGCUGGGCAUCUGGAGGAGUGGGGCAGACUCCCCCCUCCCCUGAUUUGGGGAUGGAUCCUGCCUUCUGGAUCCAUUUCUCCCCUCCUUCCGAUCUCAGCUCAUGGGGCAGGGGCCAUGUUGGCCCUGCCCCAGCAGGAUGGGGGAUGCGAGGAUCACAGGAAGGAACUUCCUCUUUGGCACUUAACUUCCUGCUUUCUCUCUCCAUUAUCAAAUCGCUGCUGGUGCUGGAGAGCUCUGCUGGAGUAGGGGGAGGCAGCACAUGGCCCAGAUCCCUGGCACGCUAGAGGGCUCUGCCAGCGGUGGGGUUAUGGCCCAGGGCAUGCCCUUCCCACCCUGUAGAAUGCAGUGAGCAUUGAGGAAUGGGGGACAGGCCUUGCUUCCAGUCCCUUCUCCAUUGGUUCCCAGCUCUUACUGGAAGGGAUUCCAGCCCCAGCAAUGCUGUCCCUUGGCUGAGGACCCAUGGUGCCAUGCGAGAGCCUUGUGGCUCAGGAUUGUCCAGGGGCUCAAAAGGGUGGGGGUUGGGUGUGGGAGGAGCUUCACUGCCUGGCAGGAUCAGGCUGGAGGGCCACUGACUCCUAGAGGAAGAAUCCCAUUAGGAAUGAACAGUGAAUUAUCUGAUGGAGGCAAACACCCGCACCUCCACUGCCCAGCAGCCUCUGCCCACGCCGACAGCCCCCAGCCCUGGGCUUCUGCUCCCACUGUGCCAUUGCCCCUCAGUCCUGACCCCACAGCCCUACCCUCCCCGCUAUUGCAUUGCUGGGAUGCCUGUCCCCAGAGUAUUUAUAAUAAAUUGUGCCAAAUAGCAAGGUGCCAGUCCCUGACCUGGCAGACCUGGGCAACUCGUUUCACCCAUGAGCAAUGCCAAACCCAAACCCAGGUCUGUGCAGGUGGAAGUGCCCCCAUUGGGCCACAUCUCUGCCCUCCCAGGGAGACAGGCACUUUGCUGGGCCCUAGCUUUGGGGUGCCUGGGGCUUGUGCCAAAGGAGAAGGAAGAGUUGCCUGAUGCCAGUGCUGUCAGGCUGGCUGGGGUGGGGGCCGAGCUUUGCGGGGGGGGGGGGAUGUUACUCAGCUAGCAGGGGGGCCAGUGCCAACACCAAGUGCUGUGUGUCUGAGUGUUGGCCCUGCUGCCCCCUUCCAUCCAUUGCCCCCUGUAUUAUCACUCCAGCCAGACACCCCACUCCUCUCCCUUCCCCCAUUCAGUGUUAUAACUUAAUCCCCCCACUCCACCCCAGAGCAAGAGGCUCUUGGGGUGACUUAACCCUGGGUUCCUUUCUACCCCCUCCAUGGCGGGUAGGAGACAGGGCAGGGUAUGGGGGAGCAUUUGGCAAGGGGAGUGGGGAAAGGGUCUCCCUUCCCCUGUUCCUCUACAUCUCCAUGGUCUCCCAGCCCCAAACCGCAUGCGAACCUGGCUGUGUGCUGCAUGCGCCCCCCUCCCCAACCCCGUGUGAUGAGUUCUGCCCAUUCUGCCAAUGGCUCUUUUUUCCCCCCUUGGGGGGCGAUUUUCUUUGGGGGGGUGCCCCUCCCCCCCUCGCAGUGUCUGUAAAUAUUGAUUUCUGGUCCGUCUCUUCUCGGAGUUAUUAAUUUUUUGGCCGAUUUUUGAAUGUGAUUUUAACGAGUGGAGAGGAAAAAAAGAUAACUGAGUUUUUAUAAUAAAAAGUGAAAAAAUGA